GGUAAAACCACUUUAGUGAAUAAUUUGACAAAGCGUCUUGGUGCCCGGGUAUUCCAUACUCCUCCAGAAACCAUAUUGGAAUAUAGGGAAAUAAUGGUGAAGCAAUGUCAACCUGUAUGCAGAGCUUUCUACUCCCUGGGAAAUUACCUUAUGGCUGAAAAUAUUAAAAGUUCGUUGGUAGCAAGUCCAGUUGUUCUUGAUAGGUGAGUUAUAUAAAUUCUUGUGAUUUACUAAAAAGAACAAGAUGCCUGCUCAGGCAUUCACAUUGGCCUGAAAAUAGCAACUUUCGUGGAGGAUGGCUAACUCUAUUCUAAUGCCUGUGGUAAUCUAGCCUUUACACCGUUAGCGAUAGCCUAGCCGUACAUAGUUACGCCUCUGUUGAAUCCGUAAUACGCGCCUCUAUUGAUUUCUAGGCACUCUCCUCUCCCGUUUCUGUGGUUUCUCCUCUUAAUUUGCAUCAAUUUGUCUGCGAACUCUAGACCCACCCGGAUCAUUCGAAAGUGGAUUAUGUUCUCAGUGGGAUUGCCCACGGCUUUGAUAUUGGUUUUCUCCCCCAGUUUCCUGUAACAUCUUCACAAAAAAAUAAAGCUUCAGCAACUGCCCAUCCUGAGAUCGUGGAUGCGUACCUGCAGAAUAAAGUCGCUUUGGAACGGGUAGCCGGUCCUUUUCUUAGCAUCCCGCUACCUAAUUUGGACGUUAGCAGUUUUGGUGUGAUCCCCAAGGCUGGUCAACCAGGAAAGUGGCGUUUGAUUUGGAUUUGUCGUCGCCACAUGGGCGUAGUGUUAAUGAUGGUAUUGACCCCGAACAAUUCUCUCUGCAGUAUAUAAAAUUCGACGCAGUCGUUGCCAUGGUCACCAAAUUAGGUUGGGGUGCACAUUAAUGGCGCUGAAUGUAAACCGAACGGAAGAGCAAGAUCUACGUAUAACUUUCCCCGCCACUUCAUGCCAAGCAGAUGACGUUGAGACGACAAUACAGUUACGUUACGACAUGCGCUUUGGACGUUAAACUUAGCCAUGAGUGCACCGUGCACUCAUGGCUAAGUUUAACGUCCAAAGCGCAUGUCGUAACGUAACUGUACUGCCGUCUCAACGUCAUCUGCUUGGCAUGAAGUGGCGGGGAAAGUUAUACGUAGAUCUUGCUCUUCCGUUCGGUUUACGUUCAGCGCCAUUAAUUUUCAAUUCCAUUGCGGAUGCGAUAGAAUGGAUUUUGCGUAAUAACUACGCAAUCGCCGACCUUAUGCACUACCUCGACGACUACAUUACAGCCUGUCCACCUCAUCUCCCUCAAUGUGCGCAUAAUCUGGCGAUGGCCUCCUCCGUUUGUAGCCGUUUGCAUGGACAUUCUUUACAUCCCGAUAAAACGGACGGUCCCGCUACCUGUUUAAUUGUCUUGGGAAUCGAAUUAGAUUCCAUUCUCCAAGUUGCGCGUCUACCCAAGGUUAAGUUAGAAGCUCUCAAGCAGCUCCUCAAAGAAUGGCAACAGAAACGAUGGUGCACACGUACGCAGCUAGAGUCACUGCUGGGGAAACUGCACCAUGCAUGCCAUGUGGUUUGGCCUGGUCGUACCUUUUAGCGCCGAAUGAUUAAUCUUCUUUGCGUUUUACGCCACCCGCUCCACCCCAUCCGUCUUACCGUGGAGUUUCGAUCAGAUUUGCAGUGGUGGGUCCAGUUCAUUGAGGAGUGGAAUGGUGCAAACUUUUUCCUAUUACCUGGACUCAUGCCAUUAGCCGAUCUGGUGAUUAUAUCGGAUGCCGCGGGUUCCAUUGGAUAUGGCGCCGUAUACCAUCAAGCGAGUGGUUCAUCAAUCCUGUGUGGUCACCAGCACAAAUGCCGCUGUCUAUCGCCUACAAGGAUUUUUUCCUGUUGCAAUCGCUGCUCACUUGUGGGGUAUCCAAUGGGCCAAUCGACGCGUGUGCUUUUAGUUAGAUAAUACUUUUGUAGUCCAUAUUUUGAACUCGAGCACUUCCCGUGACACUCACAUAAUGGCCUUGCUGUGUUCUCUGCUAAGGGUGGCGUCUAGAUGGAAUAUUUUUAAUUUUUGUGUGUGUUGAUGUUAUGUACUCAGGUGAAUAUGAUGUUUGUGGUGUUACUCUGAGUGUGCAUCCCGCAUACCGGGCAAGCUGAAAAGUUUGCUAGUUCCUUCGAUAUCAAUGUAUUAUAAGAUAUGAUAAUUUUUGCAUGUGUGUGUGUGUUGGUGUUAUUAUGUACUCAGGUAAAUACUAUGUUUUUGGUGUUACUCUGAAUACAGUUAGUAGAGCAUUGGACUAGUAUCCCAAAGGUUGCGGGUUCGAUUCCCACCAUAGUCAGCCAAACUUUUCAGUUUGCCCGGUGUGGAUGCACACUCACAGAGUAACACCACAAACAUCAUUUUCAAUUUUAUUCAUAAAUUUUCAUUUUGGCUGAGAAGGGGUGAAAAGUAUUAUUUAGUAGGAGUGUUUUAUCAGAUAUAAAACACGAGGCGCAGCCGAGCGUUUUAUAUCUGAUCAAACACGACCCAUGACUUGAAUACUAUGAUAUAAUUCAACAUUCAGCCGAACAACACGACUUUGGACACUAAUUAUUAUAUUCAAAUAUGUUCCAAAUAUAUGCUAACAAGCGUUUGACUUGUUCACAGAUUUUGGCACAGUUCAGCAGCUUACGCAAUUGCAGUGGAAGCAAAAUGUGGUAGUGAAAUAAAUAUCCCACCAAAAGGAAAUUUCAUUUACCAAUGGCCUGACGAUCUCUUAAAACCUUCAGCCGUCAUCUUCCUGGAUCUAUGUGAAAUGGACCGUGUACUACGCAUGAAUGAAAGAGGCGAACGAGAAUCGAAUGAGGAACUGCAGCUGAGAAAAAAUCAGUUAUUACGACAAAGGCAAGUUUUCAACGAAACAUCAAGUUGACCGAUAUUAAUUUAUUAACGAUUAAUGGUCAAGCAAUGCAAACGAAUAGAUGUAGUUAUGACAAGAAUUUCACAGGAAUGGUUAAAAUAUAUCAAAUAGAAUAAAAUAGAAUAGACAGAAAUAGGAUCGGAACGGACAGAACGGACAGAACAGAACAGAACAGAACAGAUCAGAAUAGAACAGAACAGAACAGACGGAACGGAAAGAACAGAACAGAACAGAACAGAACAGACGGAACGGAAAGAACAGAACAGAACAGAACAGAACAGAACGGAACGAACAGAGCAGCACAGAACAGACAGGGACGUCGCCACUGGGGGGGGGGGGUGUUACACCCCCAAUAAGUUUGAGCGGGGAAAGUUGGUCAAAACUGGACAAACUGGGAAAAUUCUGGUCAAAAAUGAGCGGGAAAAUUCUGGUCAAAAUUAUUGGUCACUUAUAAGCUGAAAGUGCGAAAGUGUAUAGUCAAAAACCAAAAUACUUAUUGACCAACAGGGAGCAAAUUAGCAGCGAAUUGACAUCCGAUUUAACAAUCAAUAUUUUUUGUUUUGUUUUGCGCAUAAAUACGAAAAUGCCUCAUCUUGAUUAUUCUUGAUCCACUAUAUCCUCGCAAGAUGAAGUGCUUAUAUUAAAGGGACCGGUCAUUAUUUAUGGAAGGGGGAGGGAAAAAUAAAGGGGGGCCAUAUGUAUAAAUAACUGAC